GCGGCUGAGGAGCGGGGGGUAUCGGCAGCGCCGGGCUCGGGGUCGGGGUGUCGUCGGCCGGGGACCGGGCAGCCCCCGGCGGCCUGCUUGGCAGCCAACAGUCGCUUUCUCGAGCGAACCCUUCGGGAUCAAAGAGCCGAGGUCUGAGAAGGCACGAAGGCCACGCCGCUCCCCGGCGGAGCGUUCACCCGAGCGGGAGGAGAGCCCAGCUGUGGGAGCGAGAGAUGGAUACUAGUUCAAAAGACAGCGAGCCCCUGGAAACCGAAGAGUCUGCUGUUAAUAAUGCUGAAAAUACCUCUUUCAUUCUGGGCAAUGGGGAGUGUGUAACCCCUCACAAGCAUGCAGCUGAAGUGACCCCUCUUCGUUGCACAUCAGAUACUUUUAAAUCACCCUUGAACUUUUCCACAGUAACUGUGGAGCAGCUGGGGAUUACACCUGAAAGCUUUGUAAAGAACUCUUCAGGAGAGUCAUCAUCCUACCUUAAAAAAUCCAGACGACGCUCUACAGUUGGCGUGCGGGGCUCUCCUGAAACAAACCAUCUAAUUCGUUUCAUUGCUCAGCAGCGGAAUUUAAAGAAUGCGUCUUUGACCAAGAACUCCCCUUUUCAGGGCAGCCCUGUUCUGUAUCGAAAUGUUCAUUCCUUAAGAGAGCAAAUGUCUGCCUUCCAGUUGGCUUUUCACUCCAUAAAGGAAAAUGAGAAAAUGACCGGGUGUCCUGAAUUCUCAGAAAAUGAAAGAAAGUUCGAGACCACAGGCUCGACCAAAAAGGAAAGUCUUGGUGAAUGUCAACAGUCUGAGAUCCCCGCAAAGUUAUCAUCCAAGCGUCGGAGAAUAGCCUCUCCGAGCAACUCGGAUGGAAAUGUGACUGACGCAGCUCAUCUCCAGAUACUCAGUCCCGCUGCUUUUCCCAGUGCAGACAGGAUGUGCGCCAUUAAAGCUUCAGCAGAUCCCUCUGAGAAAUCUUCUGAAUCUGGAUGCGUAGUUGAAGAGUCUGCUCCACGUUCAGAGCUCACAGAGGCUUCAAGUGGAAUGCAGGUGGCUGGCUGUGCAGAGAGCAAAGGACCGAGUGAUGCCAUUUCAGGUGACAAGUCUACAGAAAUGAGCACAGACCCAGCCCCGGGAGCCAGGCCACUGGCUGCUCCCCUGUGUCCGAGGGACAGUCCAUCCUCUGCGACCUUUGUACUUCGUUCUGUGCUGAAGAAACCCUCGGCUAAGCUGCGUCUAGAAAGCCUGCAGGAACACCAUGACAGCCUCUGUGAUAGUAGGACACAGCCAAGCUUAAUCUCAGCUCUUGUGAACUGUUGCAAAGAGCGAAAAGCGGAAGGUAAAGAAAAUUCUAAAGCACCAGCCUUUCUAAAUGUGAGGAAGAGGAAGAGAGUGACUUUUGGAGAGGACCUGAGCCCUGAAGUGUUCGAUGAAUCUUUGCCAGCAAACACUCCAUUGCGUAAAGGAGAAACACCCGUUCGUAAAAAGGAUUUAAGUAGCCUCAGUCCCCUGCCAGUUGAGCAGUCACCGGUUCCUGAGCGGUUAUCUCAGCCAGAUUUUGAUGACAAGGGAGAGAAUCUUGAAAAUAUAGAACCUCUUCAGGUAUCGUUUGCAGUCCUGAGUCCUCUCAGUAAGCCUUCAGUCUCUGAGGCUCUUGCAGGCACUGAUACCUUUGCCUCUUCAAAUAACCUCAAGAAAAUAACCUCCCGUAAAGUGGGCAGAGAAACGCGGACCUCCAACAGAAGCGGCCAAUUGAUCAGUUUUUCAGAAGAGACUGUUUGCAACUUACUUAAUACAGAAGCUCAGCCUCAGAAAGAAAAGAAAGUUAAUAGAAGGAAGUCUCAAGAAAGCAAACGCACAGACAGAGCGCCUCCUAAAAAGAAACAGGUUUUAAAAAGCUGCCGAAAGAAGAAAGCAAAGGGAAAGAAGAAGAGUGUUCAAAAGUCUUUAUACGGGGAGAGAGACAUUGCUUCUAAGAAGCCGCUUCUGAGCCCUAUUCCUGAGCUGCCCGAGGUCUCUGAGGUGGCGCCGUCCGUGCCCAGCGUCUGGAGGAUGUGCUCAGAUGAUUUCAUCUCAAACGGUGAACUUGAAGAUGUGAAGCUCCCUAAGGAAAAGAAUCUUUUGCCUCAGAACCCAGAUGUGCAGUUGAUUCCAGGCUGUAAUAAAUACGAUGUGUCUGGAUUCGGCAGCCCUUACAUGAGAAGUUCCUCGUCACUGACUAAUGCUGCUUUUGAGCAAGAUUCAAAUAUACAUACUACAGAAAUUCAUGGGAACAGAUCAGGUAACCCAUCACCUGAUUUUGCCCUCCAGUCCCAAGAAGCUUCUGCUGCUGGUCAAAAUGUGGAAAACCUUUUUGAAAUCUUUAAAAUUUCAGAAGAUGUAAACGUCAGGUGUGAAAACCAGGAUGGCUUCUUGGUCAUCCCAGAAGGAAGACUCCCGGCGAAGCAUUUCAUGCCCGGCUCACAGAAGGCACGUGGUUGUUCAGAAGCUGUCUCCACUGACGGUGUGGAAGGAAGUAAAGCUCCAGGUGAGGAUCUGGGAAGAAACUCCAGAGAGGGCAGCAGUGGUGUGAGUUCCAGAGAGAGGAAAUACAGAAGACCCUCCAUGUGUUGUUCUGAUGGACAAAGUGUACACUUGGAAAACCAACCUUCCUACGGCGUGAGCGGCUCUGUAGAAAAGAGUUUAGAAGAUUCUGACCUCUAUAAAGAUUUAUCUGACGCCAUCGAGCAAGCCUUUCAGCGGACAGAGAGUGAAACCAAAGUAAGACGCAGCACAAGGCUACAGAAAGGCCUGGAAAGUGAAGGGCUGGUGUGGGUUUCGCUGCCCUGUCCUCCCACAUCCUGGCCGUCCCAGAAAACCAAAAGGAGGACAGUCGGCACGCUGGGCAGCAGAGGACCUGAAAGCGAGCCCUCCAGACAAAACCCAUGUGGGCUGCCCUUCGCAUCAGGUGAAGACCACCGCGAGGGCUUCGCUGCUGCUGCUGCUGCUCCCAGCUUACCCCGGGGGAGGAGGAAGAGCUUCUGUACCUCUGCGCUUGCCGACGUGAGAGAUACCACCCGGUCAAAAGGCCGCAGAAGAACCUUUCUCAGCCAGAAGGGAGAGGAAGCUCUCCAGGUGACUUCGACAGAACCGGACAUAACGGAGAACUAAAGCGUGACGUCUGCUCCAGAACAUCUCCUGCAGAGCAUCUCCUGCAGAACAUUUGGCAAGAGAGAAGGUGACCAGCCAUGCCUAAAGGAUUCCUUCAUCCCAGUUCCCAUCCUUUGUUCAACUUCAGUGUUUUAAAAGUUUCAAGUAAAUAAAAUCAUUUGAGUUGAACCUACUUUUAAGUAGAAAUAAGUGAAUUUCUUCAUCAUUCAAAAAGAAAGCAUUCUCUUAAAUAUGUUCUCCCCCCAAAUGAUAACUGCUUAAUUGGUAUUCUGUUAAAGACCCAACAGGAUGUCUCAAGUUUUAUUUCGUGUUAAUAUAUAUUUACCACCGGAAGUUUAGAAUAUCUGUUGUUUAAAAAAAAAUCUUUUAGAAUUAACUGGUUGUAUCUGUAUGAGAAGAGGGUUUUUUGUCUUUUUUUUAAAUAAAUUGAUAGAGUCAAUGUAACUAUGAAAACUGAAGGUAAUACAAGGUUGAAAACUGUUAAAGUGUGAUGAGGUGUGUUUUUAUUUUAAAAUACUGACAAAAAAACUGGUUAAAAAUUUUAACAAUUAAGAAAGAUGGAAAUGGUAAAACAUGUUUUCCUUUUGCAUUAAAGUUAAAAGAAGCUUUAAUGACUUGCUUUACCGAUCUCAUAGAAAAUUUUUAUUUUAAUAGUUAGAUCAAAAUUAAAUCGUAAACAUGGAAUUCUGAAAAAAAUCUUUCAGUAAUCAGAAUAUUGCAAAUCUCUCAUUAUAAAAUGAACAUAUAAUUUAUAAAUAACUAAUAGGAAAGCAUUUUCACCUUUAAACAAGGCUCUUGCGUGCGAGAUUGGUUUUUGGUGAAAGUUUAAGCAGUUUUGUUGACACAUCUCCCAGAUUAUUCAUAUUAGUCACAGGUAAUUUGGGAUUGAAUUCAUAGUUCUCCAUUAAAAAAAUUUUUUUUAAAUUCAGAAACUCACUUAAAGGGCCCUAAAAAAUUGGUUUGCUCGCAUGAAGCAUGGUGGUAGGUCUCUCGUGGCAUUUUUCCAGACUUUCUAACUUUUUCUUUCAUAAUAUCAAGUACCAUUACUUGUCUUGGGUUUUCCAGUUAAGCUUCAGCAAUAUAUCCUGUCACUGUUUGGGUGACAACAGUUUGAAAAUCUAAAUUGCUAUAGAUCUGGAAUUUGUGAAUGCGCAUAAAUCUUUGUAUCAUUAAACCAUUGUCUUUGAAAUCCUUUAAAUCAUUAAACUCUCCCUCUCCAGGACAGCAGAAACAUGUUAACAAAUAGGGCUCUCUAUAAAUAACACAACAGGGAAGAAAGCUCCUGCUGAGCUCCCAUUUCCCCCGCCUCAGAUAGAGACUAUUUGUUACCUUCUUGGCACCAAUAGGUCUGGAACUCCUGCUGCUAAAGACUAAUGUAUUUUACAUUAACACUCAAAGUGAUCCCCAAUUUCUUCUGCCAAAGGGUGGAUUGUUUAAAAAAUUCUUUUAUCUUUACACGUAAAUUAUUUAUGGACUUUUUUUGUCCAUUUAUAGUUUGGUGGGGUUGGCAAAUGUCUUACCCACUGAAAACAAACCAAAAACAAAACCAAAAAAGAAUUAACUUCUUAGGAGGCUUUUGGUUUGUGUCAUUUGCAAAGAAAAGGAAAAAAACUUUCAGAAACAUACAAUGUUAAAGGGUUUUGUCUGUUAAAAAAUUUUUGUUUUCUGUUGCUUAACAUUGUUAAACGUAUUAAAUUGUUAUUUUCUCCCCCUUUUUACUGUAUGGUGUAUGAUCUCCACUGUAUUUGAAUUUUCAGAAUUUCACAUGCUUUGUUUUAUUUCAUGCUAAUGAGGAUGAAGGAAAGAUUUUAGUCUGAUUUUAGGUUGUGAUUUUCUUGGCUUGAUUUUUCAGAUGUAAAAAUUGUUCUCAUUUUCUAGCCCCUGCAGUUAAAAAUAUAAACAUACUUUACAAGUUCUGUGUGUUUCAAACUAUUUCCUGAUGAAUAUUUUGUUGCUGUCUGUAAACAACAAAUAGGCUGUUUUCCUAAAAAGAACAAGUUUGAGAAAUCAAAACAACUUGGAGGUAAUUUUAUCCACCGUCUCAUUUGUAUCAUAAACUUUGUGAAAAGUUAAUGGUUUCUGUAUUUGGUCAUGCUUGCUUGUUUUUGCUUCUUUUCACUGAUGUUUAAAUCCAAAACUUGCUGUAUCUUUUUUACCGCAGUAACCUUUGACGUUUUGCCCUAGAAUAUCUGCUCCUUGUCCUGCAGAUUCUCGUUUGUUCCAGAAGGUGGCAGCAUGACAUCUGAAGUUCUUCAUCCUGCGAGCACCACCUCAAACCAGGGCAGCUGGCUCUUCGUUGUUGCUAUGGGUGCGCCCCUUAACUUUUAUUUUCACUCAUUUUUAUUACCAAAGUAAUAUGUAUCAUUGAAAAAAGUAAGAGAACCGUACCAAAUCAAAAACCCUUCCUCCACCAAGCGCCAGCAUCCUGCAGCCGAUGUCAACACUGUUAACAGCCAGCAAACCUCUUCCAGACCCUUCACUGGUGUAAACACGAAUAUAGGUUUUGAUUUCUAACGGGGUCACUGUAUGUGCCAUCUUGUGAUGUAAAAUUUUAUUCAAUGAAAUAAUAACCUUGUUAACAUCCUCAGUGUUGCUCUGGAGAGCCCUGGUGCUGCUUCAGUCUUUGUGAGCCCUGCACAGAAUUAUGUACCUUGGGUAUACAAUGGAGUUAGCCAUCUCCUUACCAAUGGAUGCUCGUUGUCACCAAUUCUUUGUUCUUGAAAAUCAGGCCACACUGGGCUUGCGUGAACAUGUAAGAUAAAUUCCUUGCAAUUAAAUGGUUACUAAGUUCUUUUCUCUAGAUCUUACCUGGCAAAGUCCCUUUAUAAAGAUUUUGGCUUCCUCACCUUCUUUCUGUCUGUCGCGUUCUCCCCCGGCACUUUAUGCCACGAUGCUUCCAUUUUCUCUCGCUGCCCGGAGCGCCUCAGCUGUAGAAGUGAGGGUGAGACUCGGAUCUGGCGUAACACGGAGGAGAUGGUGGAGAAUGCCUGAUUGGUGCUUUACAUUGAAAGAGCUUUUCUCUUUUUUUCUUUUCCUUUUUAAAGUCAGGUUUAUGGUGGUGUGUUCACCUACAGUAAAGUUUACCCUUUUUUGAAUUUUGGCAAAUUUAUACCGUCAGGUAACCACGACCACAGUCAAGUAAUAGAACAUUCCCGUCACCCCAAAAGGUGUUCCCUCCUGCCUCUUUGCAGAAGUGCCCUGUCUCCCAACCCCAGCCCCUUGCAAUCAUCUCAUUUCUAUCCCGGCUGUUUCGCCUUUUAUGUCAUAUAAUGUCACAUAAACGGGAUCAUACAGUAUGUGUCCUUUUGUAUCUGCCUUUUUAAACAGAAAUGCUUUUGAGAUUCAUCCAUGUCCCAUGUUAAAGUAGUUGCUUCCUGUUUAUUGCCAAGUCACGUUCCAUUUUAUGGUUGUACCACAGUUUAUCCACUCACCAGUUGAUGGAUUUGGGGAUUGUAUCUAUUUUUGGCUAUUAAAAAUAAAGCUGCUAUAAACAUUGGCA